ACAAGUUUCGCUUGACCAUGGAAGACGAAAGCUGUAAUUGUAGUAUAAUUGUGCUAAUGGCCCAGUGAUUACUGAAGUUUUUUCACAGCAGCAUUUUCUCUUAAAUGUAUUUGUUUUUGAAGCUUAGAUCGUCACUACCCGAUCCUAGUCGCUACCCGAUCCUAGUCGCGCAUGCUCAGACACAAAUGGUUUACGGCAGGAGGCUCAUCAUCAACAUAUGGAGCAUGUCUUAAUGCAUAAUGAUGAAUUUCCAGUAUUUUGACGAUGUGGAACAUUAUGUACGCUUUGGAACUCACAGACAAGACCAACAGCACCCCAGGCGUAUAAGAACAGCAAGUAAACAUUUUUUCUUGAAAGAUGACGGUCUUUGGCAUUUUGAUGACCAACGGCAACGCAAAGUCCUACGCAGCCCAGAAGAAGUGAAGUGUGUGCUCAAACAAUACCACAAUGAGAAGAGCCACAAGAAUAGGACGCUGACUAUCAAACAGGUUACAGGACUUUUCUACUGGGGUUCCAUGAGGAAAGAUAUAAACAAAUGGGUUGACAACUGUGAAAGAUGCCGUCAAAAAUAUUGCUAUUCCCAAAACAAAACGCCAAAGCACUGCAUUUGCUACGGAUGUGAAAGUAGCAUGGUAUCAAACAGUGAAGACGAGAGCCUGACCUUUCACAGGUUCCCCAAAAGUGAUUACGAGAGAUUCAAGCUUUGGAUCUCCUAUACCAAACGGGAUUCAUGGUCUCUAACCAAAAGAUCUUUCCUGUGCUCCAAGCACUUCACAGAGGACUGCUUUGAUCACUCAGGAGAGAGUGUAUCUCUCAAACCCGAUGCAGUCCCCACUGUGGCAAUGGCCUCAGACAUUAAACAGGAGAGCAAUGAAGAUGACGCUGACCCUUCCCAAGACCUGACAGAAGAUCAUAUAGAGCAUCCGUAUGCGAUGGAUUCAGAGAGGGCGGAGUUGGGGGGUUUGGGCGAUCUAGUGUGGGAAAAUGACCCAAACAGCAGAAAGGAUCCUGCUUUCUCCAGGUAUGAUGCAGUGGAGAGGUACUUGAGGACAGGGACAUUUUUAAAGGAGUGGUUGCCGGACAUGAAGAAUUAUGUCAGAGGGGCCUCAAAGCGCUUCUGUCUGGAAGGUGAUGUUCUGUAUUACUGCCGAAGAACCAGACGCUGUAGAGUACUUCGAAGUCGAGCGCAGGUCAAUGCGGUGUUGAGGGAACAUCACGAUAACCAAGGUCAUUACGGCACAAAGCGAUGCAUUACCACCAUCGCUGAGAGAUACUACUGGGGAACUAUGAUGGGGGACACUGAACUGUGGGUUGGCAACUGUCAACUCUGCCUGAAUAGGGAUGAAACAUCCCAGAAGUUUCACUGCUCUGUGAAGGGCUGCAACAAUCAAAAUGGGCCGGUGGAGAGAAGUCUGGGCCUGACCUUUCAUCGGUUUCCUCUUAAUGACCCCGAGAGGCUCAAGUGGAGCCAGUGGAUAAAAAACACACACAUAAGCACGUGGUCUCCACACACCAGAUCAAGGGUCUGCUCCAAUCAUUUCACCGAAGACUGCUUUGAGCGCGUGGCCAAGGAAAAGCAGCUGAAAGCUGAUGCUGUUCCCACCCUGUUACUUGGCCAGCCUCGGCUAGAGGGAACACAAGGAUCAGAUGCAGAAAAUAACUUGGAAAAUAACCAGCGCACCUUUUUCUCAAAAUAUGAAGCUGUGCACAAAUACUUGAGCGAAGGCGCCUAUCCUCAAGGUUUGAAUGGUGUGGAGAAAAAUACACUGCGGAGACUCUGUAAAAGAUUUGCUCUACAUGAUGAUGUGCUUUUUUUCGCCACAAACCACAACCGACGCAGAGUGGUCAGGAACAAAGAGGAUGUCCAGGCCACCCUCACGGCGUACCACAAUGAGAUGAACCACCUGGACGUGGACAAGUGCAUCACGCUCAUCUCUAAGCACUUCCACUGGGGCUCGCUGAAGGCCGAUGUCCGGUGUUGGAUCCAGAGGUGCGAGGAGUGCUCUGCUGCCCGUGCACCUGCCCCACAGCCCGCCCCACAGCCCUGUGCCAGUCCAGACAGUCUAGAAUGCGAUGACCAUGAAUAUUUCAGCCAGACCCAGGCUUCAAGUCCGUCAGGCACAGACACGGCCAGCUCAACAGCUGGGGACGUGAAACGAGUCAAGGCUGUUGCUCAGGCAGAGCCAGUGGAAUCAGUUCACUUGGGCUCUGGCACAUCUGGGUAUCAUGCUGUUAAGAGAAGUGCUCCUCUGGAUAGCGCCGGACUUCCGCCAAAGAAGCGUAGAAAAGAUGGAGAUGUGCUCCCCAUGUCCAGCGCCUUACAGAAUUCACAGGUCCAUUUGGAUAAGGGUUUGCCAGUGCUGGACAGGAUGGAACCUUUGCGUGCAAGGACAGUUUUGCAACAGUGCUCACAAGCAAUAAUUAAAAUACAUAAUGCAAGUUACAAAAGGAUUGAUGCUGGCUUAGUGAUAUAUUUGAGUUUUUUCCAAGAAGCCACAGAGGAUAUUAUCCCAAAGAUGGUGAGGACCUUGCUGGGGGCCAAGUUGUUCCAUGUCGGAGGAGGAGAACCCUCAUCUGUGCUGGAUCUUCCUGGGAGUGUUCUCAUAGUUCCACAAGACUCGCUAACAGGAACACUGAAAAACUGCAAGUUUCAGUAUUUGCAGAGAAUUGAUGCCUUGAAUGGACAGCGGCUUUACAAGAACUUUGUGUCCCAGUGUGAGAGAGCUUUGGCAUCUUCCAAAAGGAGUGUGGAAGCCAAAUGUAUUGUCAAGUAUGGGGUUUACGGUCAGAAACAGACAGUUAACAUCAGUUCAGAUGAGCCACUCACUCAUGUUGUGGAAUUCUAGAAACACUUGUCGUUCAGAAGUUGUAUGUGCACAGAAAUGCUUGUGUGGAAUAUUCGGUGUGUUAUAUGUGAAAAUCAAAUAAUAAAUCUGAUGGUACAGUG